AAGCAAGGAAAGUUUGACAAGUGGUGCUCAGUUUCUCUGUAGUCCCGGACUUGGAUCUCAAGAAAGCGGUGACUGUUUGAGAAGAAGUUAGGGAGAAAGUCCCCCCUGGGCUCUCUUCAGCUUCUUGGGUGACUUUCCAGGUAGAGCUCCCCCGAGAUGGGCGACUGGAGCGCUUUGGGGAGGCUCUUGGACAAGGUCCAGGCCUACUCCACAGCGGGCGGAAAGAUCUGGCUCUCGGUGCUCUUCAUCUUCCGCAUCCUGGUGCUGGGCACAGCGGUGGAGUCGGCGUGGGGCGACGAGCAGUCGGCCUUCAAGUGCAACACGCAGCAGCCGGGUUGCGAGAACGUCUGCUACGACAAGUCCUUCCCCAUCUCGCAUGUGCGCUUCUGGGUGCUGCAGAUCAUCUUCGUCUCCACGCCCACACUGCUCUACCUGGCCCACGUCUUCUACCUGAUGCGCAAAGAGGAGAAGCUGAACCGCAAGGUGGAGGAGCUGAACGCUGUGGCCAACGACGGCGGCGACGUGGAGUUGCCCCUCAAGAAGAUCGAGAUGAAGAAGCUCAAGUACGGGCUGGAGGAGCACGGCAAGGUCAAGAUGAAGGGUGCUCUUCUGCGCACCUACAUCGUCAGCAUCCUGUUCAAGUCACUGUUCGAGGUGGGAUUCCUGGUCAUCCAGUGGUACAUGUACGGCUUCACGCUCGACGCCGUGUACACGUGCGAGCGCGACCCCUGCCCGCACCGCGUGGACUGCUUCCUGUCGCGUCCCACGGAGAAGACGGUCUUCAUCAUCUUCAUGCUGGUCGUGUCGCUGGUGUCGCUGGCACUCAACGUGGUGGAGCUCUUCUACGUCUUCUUCAAGCGCAUCAAGGACCGGGUGAAGGGCAAGACCAACACCAUGUACCCGCCCAGCGGCACGCUCACCAGCACCACGCCCAAGGAGCUGUCCACCACCAAGUACGCCUACUACAACGGCUGCUCGUCGCCCACCGCCCCGCUCUCGCCCAUGUCGCCGCCGGGCUACAAGCUAGCCACGGGCGAGCGCACCAACUCCUGCCGCAACUUCAACAAGCAGGCCAACGAGCAGAACUGGGCCAACUACAGCACGGAGCAGCACCGGCUCGGGGGCGGCCAGAACGGCAGCACCAUCUCCAACUCGCACGCGCAGGCCUUUGACUUCCCCGACGACACGCAGGACACGCAUAAGAAGGCCAGCCACGAGCUCCAGCCGCUGGCGCUGCAGCCCUUGCAGCCACUGGCACUGCUGGACCCCAGGCCUAUAAGCCGCGCCAGCAGCCGCAUGAGCAGCAGGCCUCGGCCGGACGAUCUGGAUGUCUAAAAGCCGGGGGGGCUUAGGACGGACGGUUGGAUGGAGUGACCUCCAUACCCCCCCUGUUUCCCCCCCCUGAAACAUUCCACUCAAACAUACCCUCCCUCAUCAGCUCUUCCUUACCCUAAACCUACUGGGCAUAGCUGGAUGAUGUGGAUGUCCAGCAAAGGAGGCAGUGGUCUCCCUUUUACCCUCCCCCAUCCCCUGCCUUCCAUCUUGCCAUCCUUUUCCUCCUCAGCCUGAGAGGCUGACCUGACCUCUAUACCCCUACAUCCCCAAAACCUUACCCCCCAUCUCCUAACAUCUCCAUCCUGACUACCCACCCAUCACCACCACCACCACCUCCUGCCUCCCUGUUGUCUCUGAGUGCCUUUGUCUUCUGAGGAGUGUCUGUAAGGAGGGGGACAGCGAGAGCCGGAGGAAGAGGAAGCACAAAGAGGCCAUCUCGUGCAUGCACGCUGGGAAAAACAAGGAAUAUUGGGAGGAGGGGUGAUGGCGAGGUGGUCAGUGUGCCCCUCCCUCCCCCCAUAUCGCCAACCACCACCCACUAAAACCCCACUUCCCACCACGCACCCCACGCCCCACCACCCACUAAAACCCCACUUCCCACCACGCACCCCACGCCCCACCACCCACCUCUCCCCAACACCCCUUUGUCUCCCUCAUCGACUGGCCUCAUCAGACUCUAUUAGUCACCAGAGACUUUUUUUUAAAGGAGAAGAAAAAAAAGACAAUUACUUAACACUGCUGGAGGUACUAUCCAUUAAUGAUG